AUGGGAGAAAGACCAUUAUCGUCGGCUUCAAUGCUCAACUUUACUGAAGAAGAUGUCCUCGGGACAAUGCCGGAGCCACUCUGUACCCAUGGGAUUAACAGACUAGAUCAAAAGAUAUUGUUUUCCGUUGUAAAUGUUCCGCUGUCACUAAGUGCAGUUUUGGGAAAUGCUCUGGUUAUGAUUGCUCUUUAUGAAGUGACCACCCUUCGUCCUCCAUAUAAACUACUGCUGAGCUGUCUGGCGAGCACGGACCUGUGUGUGGGUCUCACGACUCAGCCAUUAUUCACUGUCCUGCUGUGGACCCAGGAACACUCAACUCCGUGUUUUGUGCUAAAGCUCAUCGCUCACAUCAUGGCAACAAUCUUUGGAGGGGUGUCGCUGGCCACACUCAGUGCGAUCAGCAUAGACCGACUCGUAGCUCUUCUGUUGGGUGUGCGAUACAGGCAAGUUGUAACUUUGAGAAAAGUGCAGAUCUGUGUUACCUCAUUUUGGUUCUUGGGUGUUGCAAUUUCUAUUUUGUACUUUUACCAUUUCCUUCUCCCUCUGGUCAUCACUGCUAUAUUAAUGCUGCUUUUCAUAGUAUCAUCAACGUUCUGUUACUCGAAAAUUUAUUGCACUCUAAGCAAAGUGAAAAGUGAUAUCUACCCGGGAGAACCGAGGAGAAUUUCAGUCCGUUGCCCACAGUUUACGGGGCGAUACAGAAAAACAGUAUCAAGCACAUUAUGUAUCCAAGUUUCAUUGGUAUUGUGUUAUCUUCCAUACGGAACGCUCGUUAUCGUUUUUGCAAUCACUGGAAUACAGUCGCCAUCUUUGAACUUUGCAUGGGCCGUCGCAGUAACUUUGGUUUUCUUUAACUCAACUUUAAAUCCAUUUCUUUAUUGUUGGAAAAACAGAGAAGUGAAACAAGCAGUGAAGGAAAAGAUAAGCCAUAUGUGCUUCUUCACACGCUAA